AUGGAGGGCCUCUUGGCCUCGGUGCGCUUGGAGGAUGGCAUCCCCAAGCUGCUGGUGAAGGUGAGCCCCGGCACCGCGGCGGGCUUCGCCGCCAAGAACUUGGGGGAGGUGACCCUGCGAAGGCCCGGGUCCCAGCGGGGCCAUGUGGCGGUGCUGCACCUCAGCUCCACGGUGCCCACCGGGGUGGCACUGAUCUCCCUGAAGCUGGCAGAGUUGCUGGAAGUUCAGGAGGGCCAGCAGGUGCACAUUGCCCACUCCGAGCGCGGUGCCCGGCGCUCGCGGCGGGACCCUCAGGAGCUCUGGUCGCGCCGCGGGUCCGAACAGCCCGGGCCUGUGGAAUUUUGGCAGUGA